CUCGUUCCAUUUUGCCUCCUUUCCUUCUGCUUCUAGCAAUUUUCUUUCUCGCAUUAUUCUUUAAUUAUUUAAUCUCACCCGUCUUUUAUUCGCUUCUUUUUCUUUCUUUUGCUCGUCUUUUUCAAAACCUUUGCUCUGUGUAGACUCAGAAAAAGGAGUACCACCAUCGGGCGAUUAUCAUCAACACCAAAUUGGAAGAAGAAGACGACGACAACGAAGGCCAAUUUGACAACAACAUAGACGCCGACCACGACGCUGUACUAUUGAAAAGCGGACACUGUCAACAACACCAAAGCAGGAGCAUGACCGACCAAUCAAAUCGAAGCAACCUUGGCGGCAGCAGCAGGCUUGAGCAUCUUGUAUCGCCGGACGCCAUUCGUGAAGCUGAACGAGAAGAAAAAGAAGAAGGAAUGGGCAUUAAUGCUGAGCACCAUCCGUUUUCUGCAUACCCAUCCAUCUUAUCCAUGAAGAAACAUGAACGACGACACAGCGGUAGCAACAGUGCGUCUCCACCUCUACCUCCCACAUUAAGCCCCGAACAAUACUCUGAUGAUUCGCCCUCACCCUCGUCAUCUGCCACCAUUUCGUCAUCAUCCAUGGGUGAUAAAGAGGAUGCCCUUGUGGGCUCUCUAGAAGAAACCAGUAUCAGCGGACACAGCCACGGCCACUACGGUCCUGGUUGUGGCAUCAGUGAUAAGAUUGAUACUGCCAAAGACAAAAGGCACCAACAGCCGCCAAUAAAAGAACGAUUAAAGCGUCCGCCGAAUGCAUAUUUGUUAUUCAAUCGAGAUAUGAGACGCAGACUACUCGAGGAGUCCCCGAAAAUGACAGUUGCAGAAAUCAGCAAAGAGAUCGGCGAACGGUGGAAGAGACUCGAUGCUGAACGACGACAAAAUUAUAUGCAACAAGCAGCACUGAUCAAACAAGACCAUCUGAAAACUCAUCCUGAUUUUAUCUAUACUCGACGAUCGAAAGCUCAGCUGGCCGAAGCACGGAAAUUCUCUAGGUCACGAAAGGGUUCACAUAGAAACAGCUCCUACUACUACUACUUCUACUAGCAUAGCUGUUGUUACCACGCCAACCACAACAACGUUAACAGCAAUACCUGCGGGCUGGCCCGCAGCAAUAACAACCGCGUCAA